AUGCACAAGUUGAAUGCGGUCGUGCUCGCCAGGCAAGAGUGCAUCGACCAAGAGUCUCUCGGUUUGUAUCUCAUUGAAUUCAACCUGGCAGUAUUUCUAACAACCGAUAGGUUGGAUGCUUUGUCAGAGAGGCUAGCGAAACUGGAGAAAUCUAAAGGAGAUACCUCUAUAUUCUCAUCGCCUUCCUCAACCGUCGGGCAUGAUGAAAAGCAUGAAGUUACGCCCUUGUCUCCACAAGGGAAGUCCAUAGAUGCUUCAAAAUCUUCCUUGAAAAGAAAACAUUCUUCUAGUCAUCCUGCCCGCGACACCAGCCCCUUUGGUUAUUUAGAGUCGAAGCGCACAGCAUCGCACGGUAUUGGAUCAAACAUACAUGCCGAACGACAUUCACCAGGCUCAGCGCGACAUGCUAGUGAAGCAAGAGAAUAUAUUGAGCAUGAGCUUCAAUGUAAUCCAGCUCUUUCAAAAGACAGACGAACAGCACUGGAGCUGGCACAACGAUUCGUCAACCAACUUUCUAACCCGGGAAUCCAUCGUCAUGAGCCUAGUUCUACAGAAAAAUUAGAAGUCGAGGAUAUAGCGCCUCCUCAACUCACACCGGAGUUGCUCUACAUGAUGUUACCAGGGCCCGACAAGAAGACCAAUUCACAGGGAACAAUCGUCUGGCCAGAUCACAUAUCUGAUAAAACUCUAGAGCGAAUGGGUCUUGCAAUUCUUGAAAACAGUGAGAAUGAACAGAUUCUCCAGCUAUACCGAAUCGUGGUAUGGGUAAAGGCUAUUUCAUCUAUUUCCAAGUUGGCUCCAAUGAUAUCAAGCCAUCCUUUGAAAAUGCAUUUCAAGACACUUAAAAGACAAUACGAAGCAGCUGCAAUGGAUGAACUUAACUCUGUUCCUUUAACAGCUCCACCGAGUUUAACUUUGCUGCAGGCUUUAUUAUCCGGGAAACGACUCAUGCAAUACUUGGGAAACAUGUCUCGCUGUUGGAUGUUCACGGCUUUUGCUUCAAGAGUCAUCGUCGCCUUGAACUAUCACAGCAUCACAAACACUAUACCCCAGAACGCAAAAGAAGAAGAGAUUCACGCAUGUGUUUAUACAUGCUAUUAUUUUGAUUCAACUCUCAGCCUACUUCUCCUUCGACCGCCAUCUUUACCAGAGCUCAAGGUUGAACCAGCACAACUUAUCCAUAGAGAUCCGGAAUUACCCACGACCGCAAUGAUCAUCGGCAUUGUUGAGUUGGCACAGGUCAAGGGGACCCUGUUAAAAAUCCUGCUGGAUACUAAAGAAAUGAACGAUGUGGAGAAAGCAAACAUUCUUUCAGAUCUCGUGUUCCGCGCUCAGAAAGUCUACUCGGAUCUACAGAUAUAUCGAAGCCGUCAAGAGAUAGAGUUCCCUGAUUCAUGGGUAUUGCUGCGCCGGGAAUGGUUAUCAGUGGAUUUCAACUACUAUUCUGCUUUAACAACACUCAUUCGAGCACGGUCUUCUGUCCUGAAAUCUCGCCUAGUGUGUGAAGAUUGUCUUUAUGCAGCUCGAAAAGCCUUGACCACGCUCCGAGCUUUGCAAGAGGCUUUUUCUGACGACGAAACAUCAGUUGAUUCCUAUCCAUACUUUUUGACAUGGACAAUGCUGCUCUUCCCACUUUCCCCGUUCUUCGUUCUAUUCUGUAAUGUCGUCGCAACUUCUGAUCAUCGUGAUUUCGAAAUGAUCAAAAAAAUCACGGGCGAUCUACACCAGUUCGCCAGGGCGAAUGCCUCUAUCGGCAAACUCUAUGGCCUCUUUUCCAAGUUCUUGGACCUGUGCGCACCGCUUAUCAAACAAAAUCCCUGUCCCUCGAACGCUGAUCAACAUAUACCUGGCAUUCAAAAUAAUCUAAAUGAUGGACGAAUACCCUCUCAGAUGAGUAAUUCCUUUGCAGAAACAUUUGGUCGGGGUAAUGCUCAUCCUUUAAAGACGCUGCCAAGUCCGGGGACCAAUAGUACUAUCUCGGGAGUGCCACCAUCUGUGCCAUCUGUGGAGGGAUGGGAUGACAGUCUUAUGUGGGAACUAUUUGAUAACCAGCCGUCACUGGGUUGGGCAGAAUCGGAGCUGUGGGAUGCAAUGGCGCAAUUUCACGCCGCGUGA